AUGAGGUUACUUCUUCACCACUUAGAAAAUAGGAUUGGUAACAUAGAGAAGAUGAUGCAACAAAUGGCCUCAGUAAUCAUUCCCUCUUAUGAAGAAGAAGCUGAACAAGUGAAUGCAGUAUUCCCAAAUCAGCAUAGGCAACAAUACAAUCCUUAUUCGAACACUUAUAAUCCAGGGUGGAGAGAUCAUCCCAAUUUCAUCUACGCAAACAAGCAAGCAGCAUUUCCAGGUCCGAUUUUUAAUCGUCCUAGUGGUUUCCAACAACAACAACAACAACAACCACAACAAGCUCAGAAUUCGGAAUCAUCGGAGAUGCUUUCCAUGAUGAAGAAUCUAACCACAAUGGUGCAGAAAAAUCAGCAAACGACUGAUGGUGCAAUCAAGGAGUUGCAGACACAAAUGAGCACCAUGGCAGGUAGAUUGAACCAUUUGGAGACGCAGAAUAGUGGGAAACUCCCUUCUCAACCUAUUAACCCAAGAGAUUCUGUCAACGCCGUGACAUUGAGAAGUGGUACACGAACUGUGCAACCAGAAGAUGUUGAGAAAAAUAAAGACCCUAAGGGGCCGGUUUUGGAGACAUGGAUUACUGACCCUUCCCAAACCAAAGAGGUACCUAAAACAAACUCUAAACCUCGUGUUUCCACUUACGUUCCUCCUUUGCCUUUUCCUCGCAGGUUUUCUAACUCUAAAAAGGCAGAACAAGAUAAGGAGAUUUUAGAUAUUUUCAGGAAGAUUCAUGUGAACAUUCCACUGAUAGAUGCGAUUAAACAAGUCCCUAAGUAUGCGAGAAUUAUUAAGGACUUCUGCACCAAUAAGCAACGGUUGACCGGUAAUGAGUUUAAUAAUGCUAUGCUUGAUUUAGGAGCAUCCGUAAAUGUUAUGCCUGCAUCUAUAUAUGAAUCUCUUAAUUUAGGUCCUUUAAAAGAAACCGGAAUUACUUUACAAUUGGCUGACCGUUCUAACGUGUACCCUAGAGGUAUUAUUGAGGAUGUGCUUGUGCAGAUGGACACAUCUCUACCUUUACUUCUUGGACGACCAUUUAUGAGCACGGCUAGAACUAAAAUUGAUGUGCAUGAUGGUUCGUUGACUAUGGAAUUUGAUGGAGAAGUAAUAUGUUUCAACAUUUACGAAACGAUGAUAUAUCCUAGUGAUGUCCACUCUUGCUUCUCCAUUGACGUAAUUGAUACUUUGGCUCAGCAAAUGUUCAAUAUGGAUGGGGUGGAUGCGCUUAAAACCGUGUUGACUACACCCUUUGAUGAUGGUUUGGAGUGUGGUGACGUAAUCAAGGAUACUAUUGGCUCACUUAACUCUUUGCAAGAAAAAUCAUCACACGAGAGCGUUUCCUUUAUAUCUUUACCAGUAUCUAAUGAAAAACUUGUGCCAUCUAUCUUGCAGGCUCCAAAGCUAGAACUGAAACCUCUUCCAGAUCACCUAAAAUACUUGUAUUUAGGUGAUAAAGAGGAGUUACCAGUAAUAGUUUCUAAGGAACUAACUGAAUUGCAGGAACAAAGACUUGUUCGAGUGUUGAGGGAGUACAAAACAGCCAUAGGAUGGACAGUUGCUGAUAUCAAGGGAAUAAGCCCAUCGACAUGCAUGCACAAAAUACGACUUGAGGAUGAUGCAAAACCUACAAGGGAAGCUCAACGCCGAUUGAAUCCUCCAAUGAUGGAAGUCGCAAAGAAAGAAAUUCUGAAGUUGUUAGACGUGGGAGUUAUCUAUCCCAUUUCUGAUAGCAAGUGGGUGAGCCCAGUACAAGUAGUACCAAAGAAGUCGGGCGUUACAGUGGUGCAGAAUGAUAAACAUGAACUUGUCCCGACUGGUUACAAUCAUAUUUCUAUAGCACCUGAGGAUCAAGAGAAAACUACUUUUACUUGUCCGUUCGGAACAUUUGCAUACAGAAGGAUGCCUUUUGGAUUUUAUCGCAGGUUUAUCAAGGAUUUUCCCAAGGUUGCAGCACCAUUAUGCCAACUUUUGCAGAAGGAUGUGGUUUUUAACUUCGAUGAGAAGUGUUUGGUGGCAUUCAAUCGUUUGAAAGAACUUUUGAUAACAACCCCUAUCAUGAAACCACCUGAUUGGAGUAAGUCAUUUGAGCUAAUGUGUGAUGCUAGUGACUAUGCGGUCGGUGCAGUAUUAGGGCAGCGUACUGGGAAGUUACCCCAUGCCAUUUAUUAUGCUUCCAGAACGUUGAAUGAUGCUCAACAAAACUAUACGACCGCCGAGAAGGAGUUAUUAGCAAUAGUAUUUGCACUGGAGAAAUUUCGUUCUUAUUUGCUUGGUACAAAAGUUGUUGUGUUUUCUGACCAUGCAACACUUAGGUAUUUACUCGCAAAAAAGGAAGCGAAACCAAGGCUUAUUCGCUGGAUAUUUGUUUUACAAGAAUUUGACAUAGAGAUUAAAGAUAAGAAAGACGAAGAAACUAUCCCGUUGCGUGAAAGUUUUCCAGAUGAGCAACUGUUCUCGCUACAGGUUGCGGAGCCAUGGUAUGCUGAUACUGUCAAUUAUUUGGUUUCUAAACAAAUCCCGGAGAACUUGUCUCGUGCUGAGAGAGAUAAACUUAAGAGAUUAGCUUAUCAAUAUAUAUGGGAUGAUCCAUACUUAUGGAAAUAUUGUGCAGACCAAGUAAUACGAAGGUGCGUAUCCGAAUCUAAAUUUCAGUCAAUAUUAUCCUUUUGUCAUUCUUAUGCCUGUGGAGGACACUUUGGGUCUAAAAGAACCGCACUUAAGGUACUUGAGAGUGGUUUCUAUUGGCCCACUUUGUUUAAAGAUGCAUAUAUAUUCUGCACUACUUGUGAUAGAUGUCAGAAAACAUGCAAUCUAGGUGCUCGAAACCAAAUGCCACAAACUCCCAUACUCUUUAUUGAAAUAUUUGAUGUUUGGGGAAUUGAUUUUGUGGGCCCUUUUGUUAACUCUGGUGGUAAGUUUUAUAUCUUACUAGUAGUUGAUUAUGUCUCGAAAUGGGUGGAAGCUAAGGCCACCUCUACUAAUGACUCUAAAGUGGUUACAGAUUUUGUUAAGGAAUAUAUUUUUGCAAGGUUUGGAACCCCAAGAGCCAUAAUCAGUGAUGGAGGAUCACACUUUCGAAACAAGUUUUUCUUUGGCUUGUUAAAGAAGUAUAACAUCACUCACAAGAUUGCUACGCCGUAUCAUCCACAAACUAACGGGCAAGCAGAAGUGAGAUCCAUCUUAGAAAGAACCGUGAAUCCCACGAGGAAUGAUUGGAGUUUACGUCUCAAUGAUGCAUUGUGGGCUUACAGAACCGCAUAUAAGACUCUUAUCGGGAUGUCUCUCUUUAGACUUGUGUAUGGUAAAUCAUGUCAUCCUCCUGUUGAGAUCGAGCAUAAGGCUUUUUGGGCUAUAAAACAGUGCAUCAUAGAAAUGGAUGGUGCAGGAGAGCAUAGGAAGCUUCAAUUGAGUGAGCUAGAAGAGAUCAGAAACGCAGUAUAUGAAAGUUCACGAAUUUACAAGGAAAAAACUAAGGCUUUCCAUGAUAAUAUGAUUUCUAGAAAACGGUUUACCGUUGGACAGAAAGUUUUGCUCUUUGAUACUCAUCUUAGAUUAUUCCCUGGCAAACUACGUUCCCGUUGGAAGGGACCUUAUGUUAUCACUAAUAUUUUUUCUCAUGGUGCAGUAGAAAUUCAAGAUUUAACCUCAGGAAAUGGAUUCAAAGUGAAUGGUCAUCGCUUAAAUCCAUAUUACGAGAACUUUGUACAUGAGAAUGUGGAAGUGGUACAACUUGUUGAUUUGCUCCCUCUGGAGGAGUAG